GACUAUAUUUGCCCACGGUGUGAAUCUGGUUUUAUUGAAGAACUUCCUGAAGAGCCAAGGAACGCUGACAGUGAGACCAGCUCCUCUACGUCAACCAGCGAUCAGAGCAGGCAUCCUUUUGAGAACGUCGAUCAGCACUUAUUCACCUUGCCACAGGGCUACGGCCAGUUUGCCUUCGGGAUCUUCGAUGACAGCUUUGAGUUUCCAUUCGGGUCCAAUGUGCAGUCGGAAGACAACAGGGACUCCGAGAACCGGAGGGAGCGAGAGCAUCAGUCUCGGCAUCGAUACGGCGCGAGGCAGCCCCGGGCCCGUCUCGCCACACGCCGUGCCUCUGGCAGGCACGAGGGAGUUCCCACGCUAGAAGGAAUUAUCCAGCAGCUGGUCAAUGGAAUUAUUGCACCUACAACGAUACCAAACCUCGGACUAGGUCCCUGGGGAGUCUUGCAUUCGAAUCCAAUGGACUACGCAUGGGGUGCCAAUGGCUUGGAUGCAAUUAUUACACAGUUACUAAAUCAGUUUGAAAACACUGGACCGCCUCCAGCAGACAAAGAGAAGAUCCAGGCCCUCCCCACCGUACAGAUCGCGCAGGAGCACGUAGAUUCUGGGUUAGAGUGUCCCGUGUGUAAAGACGACUAUACAGUCGGGGAAAACGUCCGGCAGUUACCUUGCAAUCACCUGUUCCACAACAGCUGUAUAGUCCCUUGGCUGGAACAGCAUGACACGUGUCCUGUGUGCCGGAAAAGCUUAAGCGGACAAAACACUGCCACAAACCCCCCAGGACUCACGGGGAUGAACUUCUCAUCAUCCUCCUCCUCCUCUUCCUCCAGCUCGCCAAGUAACGAAAACUCAUCGAACAACUCAUGAAUCUUAAUCCUACCCCCUGUCCCUGGGGCCCUGUCAUUGUCCUUCCUCCCUCCCCAGCCACCGUAAGCAGCGACAGGGGCUCCCAGGGCAGAGCGAGGGGAGGGGAGCGAGGGGGAAGCAGCCCCCACAAUUCCCUUUUGAGACUCUGGGUCCUUCAGAGAUGAGAAGCCUCAAGUUCUGUGACGGGGGGAGAGAGCUGUCUGUUAAUAAAAUCAUCCCUCAGCCGUGUGCACUUUGAACCCUUGCAGUGAAAGGCUGCUGCGCCCCGCGGCUGGGAAAGCCGAGGCGCUGAGCUAGCGGUUGCGAUUCUGAAUGGAAAGGUUGUUUGUAUGGGUUUGAGUGUGAGAUUCCUUUCUCU